AAGUCUUGCUGGCGGCUGACAGCGGUCCGGGAUAAAACCACGGGAAACUCUUUCUCGAGGAACUCCGGAGGAAUCCAGAACAUGGCAGGAGCAGAGUCCAGCCCUCUGACCACUUACGUGGUGAACACAAGUGAUGGAGUCCCAGGCGCCAAGAUCGCCUUGAGCUUGCAUCGACUUGACACCAACCUGAUGAUUUGGACUAUGAUCGGUGUUGGGACAACAAAUGAAGAUGGCUGCUGCCCAGGACUAAUCAGUCAGGAAGCUUUCAUCCCUGGCAUGUACAAGCUGCGUUUUGAGACUGGUUUAUAUUGGGAGAGACUGGGAAAGACAUCAUUCUACCCUUAUGUAGAGACUGUGUUCACCAUCCAGAACCCAGCACAGAAGUUUAAUCUCCCUCUGCUGAUGAGCCCCUUCUCCUACAGCACCCACAGAGGGAACUGAAGCUCUAACAAUGGCAGACAGCUUUCUCUGCUGUCAAAUUUGUAUUUUAGCGAUAUCGUGUCUUGCUACAUUCAGGUUUUUCUGUCCCCCGAAAACCCCGCCUCUUUGUUGUUGUCGUUUUGUUUGGCAAAUCCGGAUGUACGCACAAAAUACAGUGUGCACAGUUAUGAAUCAACCGUGUAACAGAUUAUGCUUCAGCUUUGUUUACUAAAAGAGAAGAGCUACAGGAUCUGAGAUCAUUUGCAUUGGAGAAUUUAAAAUCCUCAAAGGGCUUGAGGAACCUUCUGCAACCUGUUUCCUAGAAAACGACAGAAAUGAGGUACAGCUGAGACAGAAAAUCAAGUCAGUUUAAGGCUUGCAGCAUGUAGAACCCAGGUGUUGCUCCAACAUGCAUGGAGGCAAUGUUUUCUUUUCUUUCUAUUUUAUUUCCUCCCUGUAUGGUAAUUAUAUGCUGAUCUUAUAAUAGAUACAAGCAUAGUUACAUAGCUGGAAUUGAC